AUGUAUAGGCGGGCCGGUAUUGCCGGAAUAAAAGAGCGCGCCCAAAUGCAGAUUAGAUAUGAGGAAAAGCGUAAACAAAUGGCUGAAGACGCUGCAGCGAACCUUCACCGCCAAUUAGAAACGGUUAAAUCGUCCUUAGAAUAUUUCGCGUCGAAGUACCAAUCAAGAAUACGGCAAGACCAUGCUUUUCGGACGGAAUUCCAGUCCAUGUGCGCUAAUAUUGGUGUUGAUCCUCUUGCGUCCAGUGAUGGUUACUGGUCGAAGAUUUUGGGCAUCGGCGAUUUCUACUACCAUCUUGCUGUCCGUAUAAUUGAGAUUUGCAUGGCAAACCAACGGAAAACUGCUGGUUUGAUGCCUCUUGAAGAACUCAUUCUCGAACUAAAUAAAACAAAGAGCUCCCAUGAAUCUGACAUUUGCCAAGACGAUGUUAUAAGAGCCAUCAAAAAGCUCCAGUGUUUAGGCAAUGGUUUCAAAUUAAUCAGAAUUUCUGAUUCGCGUCAACUAGUUCAGUCGGUUCCAGGCGAACUGAGCAUGGAUCAGACGGAAGUUUUAAAACUGGCUGAAUCCCACGCAGCUCAUAUUAAUGUACAGCAAUGUGUGAAAAAGUUAGGGUGGACACAUGAACGUGCACACGCAGCUUUGGAGUACCUCAUGCAAGAGGGGAUGGCAUGGGUGGAUGAAAGUGAUAACACUGGACGUUCCUACUGGUUCCCCAGUUUAUUGACCACUAAGGCAAAUUGA